AUGAUCACAGGAUUCCUGACCCUGUUUUGCCUCGGGCUUUGUCUGGGCUACGAAUAUGAGCAAAAGAAUGAGAAACUUCCCAAACCCUCCCUCAACGCCCUGCCUGGAUUUAUGGUUGAACGCGGUAGUAACGUCACCCUGAAGUGCCAAUGUAAGCUCCAGAAUGUGACAUUCAUGCUGGGGAAGUUGCAGGACUCUGGAUACAAGCAGGAACGGAGUUCAGCCGGACACGAUGCUGAAUUUCUCCUCACAGACCUGGAGCCUAAGGAUGCUGGAAUGUACUUUUGUGCCUACAAGACAACAGGCUCCCACGAGUGGUCAGAGAAGAGUGAACACCUGCAGCUGGUGGUCACAGAUGACCAUGAUGGACACAGAGCUUCCUCAGUAAAAACAGACACCAGAAUCAUCUUUGUCACCACCUUCAGCUGCCUCAUCAUCUUUCUCCUCUUCCCUUCUAUCUUCCUUAUCUACAGAUGCACUCAGUAUGGUUCAUCACAUGAAGAAUCCACCAAGAGAACCAGGCAUUCCAGAUUUCCCAAGCAGGAUCCUUCAGAUUUGUCCAACCCGGAAAGUGUAUCGCUUUCGACUGAAGACCCCCAAGAAGAGACGUAUGCUGAUCAUCAAGGCACCAUCGGCAGCAGCUUCUGUCCUCACUGA